AUGAAACUUCUCUCAGCGUCCCCAUGUACUCUCUACAUAACACUAUUAUUUGUCCUGUUGGUUCAUGUUACAGUGGGAGGAAAGCACAUGAACAAUCAAGAUUUCGCUGAAACAGAACAAGCAGCCAGGGCAAUUAGGAAGCUGUUAAAUGGUGAAAUAGAUACUAUCAAAUUAGAAAAUGGCAAUAAACUAAAAAUAAGGUCAAGCGAUGAAAAAGAUGAUGCCCAUAAGAGACAUAAUGACAAAACUAACUAUUCAUUUAUAGACAACUCAGAAGAAGAAAACGUCCAAACAAAUUUAUUAAGAAAAAAUGAAACCGUAGACGCCGGAAGCAAAAUAGUUGAAGAUCAAGAGGAUUUUUACAUAUUAGACAACGAAAGCAUUGAAGCCAUAGCAAACAAAAUUUCCAUGGAAAAUAAAUUUCAUGAAUUUGAAGCGGAGGCAUUUGCACAAAGUCUUAAGGAUAUAAUAAGAUCGUUGAAUAAUUAA